AGGAUUUUGCUUUAUAUCUUUGAAUUUAUAAAUAUAUAAUUUUCUUUGGAAAAUGGAAAAGAAGCGAAAAAGCAUGGCUGAUUCUUUCUUUCCUUUUUUCUACUGUCAUGAAGGGACACAAGGUCUCCAACCCCAUCCUUCAUUACAAAGUAAUAUCUUUUUCUUUUAUCAUCACAACUUGGUCUUCCUUCUUUAGUUCUUUCUUUUUUUUUUCUCACUUUUCUCUCCUCAACUUUAUCUUCAACACUUUUCCCUCUCACCCUCUCUCUGUAUCUUUUCUCUCCAAGUGCUUUUAUACCAAUUCUAUGAGAAAUUUUCUUCAAAGCACCCCCAUUACAUGAAUCGCAUAAAAAAUCUUUGGGUUCUUCUUCAGUCCCAGAAAACACUUCCUCAUAUUACAAUGGCAGAAGGAACUUGUAAAUGGUUCUUCUUAUUCUUCCUUACUCUUUUCACUAGCUGCUCUUCUGGAACUCAGGUGGGUUUCUCCUACCAUGCAGGAGGAAGCACAGGGACCUCAUAUCUUGAUGGAACAAUGUCAUUCCUCGAGCAAAACAAUGUUCCCCCAUCUAAGGUUCGGGUUUUUGUGGAAGAUCAUAAGGUUCUGAGUAAUCUGUACAAUAGGAGUUUGUCUGUUGAUCUCUAUGUGAACCAUAGCCAGGCUGAAAUUCUUGUACAAUCUACAUCUGCUGCUAUUUCAUGGCUCAAAACCCAUGUAAUCGCUUUUCUUCCUCGAGUGAACAUCAAGAGCAUUAUAGCAAUUAGCAGCAAUGAGCUUCCUACAGUUUUAUCCACCUUGAAAUCCAUACACUCUGUUCUCACUGGUUUUCAUGUUGACAGACAAGUUAAGGUCUCGGUUUCAUUUUCUUUACCAUUUUUGAAGAAUUUGAGCAAAACCCAUGAAAGAGAGCUACAAAAGAUUCUUACUUACAUCAAGGAAAUAAGAUCAUAUGUAACUGUAGAAGCCAGCAUUGAUGGAGAAUUGAGAGUGAGUGAUGGGUUUGUUGAGUCAGUUAUUGAAAGAGCCAAACUCGCUGCAUCCAUUCUUGCUUGCAAAGAUGUUCCAAUGGUUUUGACAAUCAAGAGCUCUGCUGUUGCUGGGGAAAAAGAAGUGGUUGAAUUCACUCGUAAAGUCUCCAAAGCUUUGUCAAACAACAGGAAGAUUAGAGGUAGGAUUGCUGGGAUAUAUGCAGAUGUAGUACAAACAGAGGAUUUUGCACAGAAAGAGCUUGAAAGGGAAAAGGAACAGAUAUUCCCUUCUUCACACAGAGAACUCCUGAGAAAAUUAGACCUCAAAACCACUUUACAUGACACAAUUAUCCCACCAACGACAACCUUUACCACAACUCCCAUAUCAACUACACCAGUCCUAUCCCCUGAUAACCCCUCACCAACCAUUGUCACCGUUCCAUCUACGGUGACAAUAACACCAACGAAUCCUGCCACUCCGGUGGCAGUUCCCUCCACCACUCCCAUCACCAUACCGCCCGCUGCCCCUGCUAACACACCAGUUACAACACCUGUUACAGUUCCGGGGGCACAACCUGUCACUAACCCUGCGACAACAUAUCCAGCGCCGUCUGGACCUGUUCCGGUUACAACACCGGUUACGAAUCCUGUGCCACCUCCUGCAGCCACCAAUGCUCCUGCAGUUCCGGGAGCUACCUGGUGUGUGGCUAAAAGUGGAGCACUUGAGACUGCACUUCAGGCGGCACUUGACUAUGCUUGUGGGAUGGGAGGAAUUGAUUGUUCACAGAUUCAGCAAGGUGGGAGUUGUUACAAUCCCAAUACUUUGCAAAACCACGCCUCGUAUGCAUUCAAUGGCUAUUAUCAGAAGAAUCCAGUUCCUACAAGCUGUGAUUUUGGAGGCACUGCCACAAUAGUUAAUGCCAAUCCAAGCACUGGUUCCUGCAUUUACCCAUCAUCCUCAUCGUCACCAUCAACACCAUCAACACCAUCAACACCAUCAACUCCAACGCCAUCAACUCCAACACCAACAACUCCAACUCCAAUCCCAUCAUCAACAACUCCAACACCAACUCCAACAGCAACAACACCUCCACCAUCAGGAUCAGGGGUAACAGGGUAUGGUACUCCACCUACCGUCUUAAAUACUAGCAACCCAGCUUCAGGAACCACCCCCGAUUUCGGAUCUGAAAUCCCUCCUGGUUACAACAGUUCAAUAACUUCCAAAUCAGUUGGUUUGAGGCCAUUUUCUGGCUGCAUCUUUUUACUAACGUUCUUUGUUUUGAGAAAACUUGUCAUAGAUGUUUAGGAUUUUAGAGGCUAGCCAAGUUCAACAACCGUCACAGAGCUGUGUACAGAACUAUAUUUGCAGGGGAAGAUACAAACAAGUGACUUGCAGAAGCUGAGUUGAUAAUUACCAUAUCCUUUUAAGGUAGAUGGUCACUAAGCCUGCAUGAGCUCCAAUAUUGGGAUAUGCUAAUUUGGUUUCGACCAUAGAUAAAGUUCUAUAUGUUACAUUCCAUCUCUAAAUGUUGGGAUGCUUAAAAAAAAAAAAAAAAAAAACAUUUUCAAAAACUGAGGCGUAAUGGGUACAAAAGAGAUUUAUGAUCUUUGUAGAUCUGUUAGAAGUUGUGGAGGUUUAGGAAAAAGCCUUAUGAACAGAUAUCUGCUAAGAAAGUACUGAUUAGAAGACCGAUUUGAAUCUAAAAUGUUGGAGAAAAAGUGUUUGUUUCACAUUGUAUGAAUAUUAUUGAAUGGACAUUGAAUUCUACAUUUCA